AUGUUACAGAUGAGGCGACCACCUCGUCGCAGGUCGGCGGACUUCUUCCCCACGGCGGAGGUCUCGGAGCGGAGGUCUCGACCAGGCGAACCGGUUGAGGCUACCGAAGUGCUUGGGAGCCUUUUGGCCACCGGUGUGGGUGCGCUCAUGGUUGCGCAGUCGAGUGGUGGUGCCGUCGGGAUGGCAUGCAUCCCCUUUGUGAGCUGGUCAGAGGGAAGUCUUCGAGAGGCGAUGUCCGAGGCGCCGGAAGAGGUCACGCGGCGCCUCCGCCUGUUGGCACACCUGGUGAAUGGCGCCGCACUGGCACAGUUGGGCACAGCCAUGUUGCAGUUCAUCCUUAACGACCCCUUGUCAGGCUUGAUCGGUGGUGGCAUUGCGGCCAUUGGUUGCCAGACCGCCCAUCCAGCUGGCUUUCGUCUCUUGCCCACCUACGUGGUGCUCUCCUUUUGCCACGGCAUCAUGCAGGUCCUCUUGAAUUUGCAGCUCUUCGCCUCCGGCGUCCCCUUGCACGCAAUGACCUCCGUCCGAGCGGGCCUCAUGGGCAAGCUCGCGGUUGGGACCCUGGUGGCUUCGCCGCUGGUGAUGUUCUUGGGCAUGGGCAUGGGCUACUGUUUGCACAAGGAGUUUCAGCAGGUGCUCCAUGCCUCAACGCCCGUUCCGGCCGCGCCCGCCCCGCUGCCGGCCACGCCCGCGCCGGCACCUGGCAAUGAUGCGCCCGGCUCAACCAGUCGUCCACUGCCUGCGGAGGAGCGUGCAGCUCCCAAGGCAGCUCCCAAAGCGGUGCGGCUCAAUGGCAGACAGAGUGUGGAGCUCAGACGGCUUUCGGAUCGACUCAAUGCCGAGAAAACGGCGUCCGCCUUGGAGUUGACGGCGCUGGAGCAUGCCGGCAUCGGCGCAUCUGUGGGCUCCAUCGAAAUGGCCAUCAUGCGCCCGGCCGUCUUUUGGAAGACGGAGCUCCAGCAGCAGCGAUUCUCGCUUUCAAGGGCCAUCAACCCUUCCUACUGCUACAGGGGCCUACCCUUGGCAAUCGCCUCCAUUGCCCCGAUCACUUGUAUCCAGUUUGGCGCCAACAGCCUCAUCAGCUCAGGGAUCAAGGCGACCAAAGGCGCCUCCGAGCUCCGGGAGAGCGAGCGCUUGGGCGCCGCCGUCGUGGCCGGCGCUGCAUCAGCAUUGGUGCAGUGCCCCUGCCAACUGGUAGAAGUGAAUCAGUCCAAUCAUGGAUCGUCAAUGUUUUCAACAGCCAGGCGUGUGGUGUCAGAAUAUGGCUUCUUGGGCCUCUACCGUGGAUAUUCCAUGGGUGCCACACGAGAAGGCAUUUUUUGCAGCUCCUAUAUGGCGGUGAACCCUAUGGUGAAGAGUUGGGUCCAAGAGCAACGCCUGGAGCUCUCGGACGCCGCAGCCACCCUGGCGGCCUCGGCCGUGUCCGGCACCUUGGGAGCGGCCCUGUCCCAUCCAGCUGACACACUGAAGACCCGGCUACAGGCAGGUGCGCUGCCGCUACGACCUGGAGAGCCAGCAGAGGCUUUACGAAUCCACGGGCCCAUUGAUGCGCUCAAGGACAUGAGAGAGAAAGGCGACCUUUUUAAGAAGUGCUUUGCAGGCUUCUCGCCCAGAUUAUUCCGAUUGAUUUGCUGCACGUAUAUUUAUAGUAUCUCGACUGAGUUCUUGGAAUCCCUCUAUCGCUCCGCCUCUGUGGAUCUGGUUGUGGCUGGCACCAGAGUCCAAGUGUCACAGAGCCUGGCUUAG